AUGCUGCUCCCUGCCCUUCUCUUCGGGAUGCUAUGGGCUCUGAGUAAUGGGCGGUGGUGUGAGCAGACAGAGACCAUCCAUGUGGAAGAGGAAGUAACUCCUCGUCAGGAAGACCUUGUACCCUGCACCAGUUUGUACCAUUAUAUUCGCCUAGGCUGGCGCCUGGACCUGCCCUGGAGUGGCCAUGAGGGGCUUACCAGGCCCCCAGCACUUGGGCUCUGUGCUAUCUACAAACCCCCAGAAACCCGGCCUGCGACUUGGAACCGGACAGUGAGGGCUUGCUGUCCAGGAUGGGGUGGUCCUCACUGUACUGAUGCCGUUGCUGAAGUCAGCCCUAAAGACCUCUGCUUUGUCACACGGCAGUGCCAACCUCUAGCGGGCUCAGCUAAUUCUUCAGCAGGAAGCCUGGAAGAAUGCUGUGCCCAACCCUGGGGACACAGCUGGUGGGACAGCAGCUCCCAGAUGUGUCUCAGCUGUUCUGGUCAGCACCGCCCAGGCAAUGCUUCCUCUGAAGCCCCCCUGCAGCCCCUGACAGCAGCUGUAGCCCAGCUCUGGAGCCAGCAACAGCGUCUCUCAGCUAUCUGUUCCACCUGGUCCGGCUUCCACUACCGUACCUUUGAUGGGCGUCACUACCACUUCCUGGGCCAAUGUACCUACUUGCUAGCUGGUGCUGUGGAUUCCACCUGGGCUGUGCACCUCCGGCCUAGGGUCCACUGUCCCCAGCCUAGGCCCUGCUGGCUGGUUCGAGUGAUGAUGGGUUCUGAGGAGGUGUUGAUCCAAGAUGGAGAGGUCUCUGUGAAAGGGCAGCCAGUGCCUGACGGGGAGCCUCGACUUCUCCAUGGGAUGAGCCUACAGUGGCAGGGAGACUGGCUGGUGCUCUCUGGGGGCCUAGGGGUUGUUGUGAGACUGGACAGUUUCAGUUCCAUCUCCAUUUCCGUGGACCACGAGUUCUGGGGACGGACACAGGGCCUCUGUGGGCUUUACAAUGGCCGGUCAGAGGAUGACUUUGUGGAGCCAGAAGGGGGACUGGCUAUGCUAGCUGCCACCUUUGGGAAUUCAUGGAAGCUCCCUGGCUAUGAGCCCGAGUGUCUGGAUGCAGUGGAGGUAACCCAGGGCUGUGAGGGCAUCCUUCAAGGUACACAAACAGGCUUGGAAACGGGCAAGCUUCAAGCUCAAGCCCAGGAUAUAUGCCACCAAUUGCUGGAGGAUCCAUUCUGGCAAUGUCAUGUCCAGGUUCCCCCAGAUGAGUACCAUGAGACCUGCCUCUUUGCCUACUGUGUUGGAGCCAGAGUAGGCAGUGACCCAGAGGAACAUCAGGAAGCUGUUUGUGCCACCUUUGCCAACUAUGCCCAGGCCUGUGCUAGACAGCACAUCUAUGUGUACUGGAGGAAGCCUGGCUUCUGUGAACGACACUGUCCAGGGGGGCAGCUCUAUUCUGAUUGUGUCUCAUCCUGCCCACCCAGCUGCUCAGCAGUAGCUCAAGGAGAGGAAGGGUCCUGUGGGAAAGAGUGUGUGAGUGGCUGUGAGUGCCCAGCCGGCCUCUUUUGGGAUGGUACCCAUUGUGUGCCUGCUGCCCACUGCCCCUGCUACCACCGGCGCCAGCGCUACGCCCCUGGUGACACUGUGAACCAGCAGUGCAACCCUUGCGUAUGCCAGGAUGGCCGCUGGCACUGUGCCCAGGCCCUGUGCCCUGCUGAGUGUGCAGUGGGCGGUGACGGGCAUUACUUCACAUUUGAUGGGCGGAGCUUCUCCUUCCGGGGCAAUCCAGGCUGCCAGUACAGCUUGGUGCAGGACUCUGUAAAAGGCCAGCUGCUGGUCACAUUGGAGCAUGGGGCCUGUGACACUGGAAGCUGCCUCCACGCCCUCUCUGUCUUCCUGGGGAAUACCCAUAUUCAGCUCAGAUACUCAGGAGCUGUGCUGGUGGAUGGGCAGGAUGUAGGCUUGCCCUGGAUUGGUGCUGAAGGCUUCAACGUUUCCCGUGCCUCCUCUGCUUUCUUGCUGUUGCACUGGCCUGGGGCCUGGGUUCUCUGGGGAGUGGAUGAUCCUGCAGCCUACAUCACCCUGGAGCCCCAUUAUGCCUACCAGGUACAGGGUCUGUGUGGCACCUUUACCUGGAAACAACAGGAUGACUUCCUGACACCGACUGGAGACAUAGAGACCAGUGUCACUGCCUUUGCUAGCAAGUUCCAAGUGUCAGGUGGUGAAAGGUGCCCCUCGAUGGAUAACACCCCACCGUUCUUCUGCAGCACUUACUCCCAUCGCCUCACUUUUGCAGAGGCAGCUUGUGCCAUCUUGCACGGCUCCACCUUUCAGGAGUGCCAUGGGCUAGUAGACAGAGAACCGUUCCGACUGCGGUGCUUGGAGGCUGUGUGUGGCUGUGCCCCUGGCAGGAACUGUCUGUGCUCUGUGCUCUCUGCCUAUGCCCGCCGCUGUGCCCAGGAGGGUGUCCUGCUGCACUGGAGAAAUGACACGCUGUGCUCUGUCCUGUGUCCUAGUGGCCAGGAAUACCAGGAGUGUGCCCCAGUGUGUGGUCAUCAUUGUGGGGAGCCAGAAGAGUGUAAAGAGCUUGGCAGCUGUGUGGCUGGUUGUACUUGUCCCCCGGGACUGCUGUGGGACCUCGAGGGUCAAUGUGUGCCUCCCAGCAUGUGCUCCUGUCAGCUUGGAGGCCGUCGUUACACCUUUGGCAACACUGCCACCAAGAAAGACUGCAGCCACUGCGUCUGCCAGGAGAGGGGCCUCUGGAACUGCACAGCCCAACGCUGCCCUCCACAGCAGCCACUCUGCCCCCAGGAGCUCGUCUAUGCCCCUGGUGCCUGCCUUCUCACCUGUGACAGCCCCAGCGCCAACCAUUCCUGUCUGGCUGGAAGUACUGAUGGCUGUGUCUGUCCCCCUGGUACCGUGUUGCUGGACAAGCAUUGUGUGCCUCCAGAUCUGUGUCCAUGCCGUCACAGUGGACGGUGGUACCCACCUAAUGCUACUAUACAGGAAGAUUGCAACAUUUGUGUGUGCCAGGGCCAACGGUGGCACUGUACAGGUCAGCGAUGCAGUGGAUGGUGCCAGGCAUCUGGUGCUCCCCACUACGUGACAUUCGAUGGGCUGGUCCUUACCUUUCCUGGGGCCUGCGAGUACCUGCUCGUGAGAGAGGCUAGUGGCCGCUUCAGUGUCUCCAUCCAGAACCUGCCCUGUGGGGCCAGUGGCCUCACUUGCACCAAGGCGGUGACUGUGCGCCUGGCCAGCACGGUUGUGCACAUGCUUAGAGGCCAGGCAGUAACAGUAAAUGGAGUGGGCAUAAGGCUCCCCAAAGUCUAUACAGGCCUGGGACUGAGCCUGCACCAUGCUGGCCUCUUCCUGCUGUUGACAACACGCCUGGGGCUCACUCUGCUCUGGGAUGGAGGCACCCGGGUGCUGGUGCAGCUGUCUCCCCACUUCCACGGCCGUGUGGCUGGGCUGUGUGGAAACUUCGAUGGUGAUGCCAGUAACGACCUGCGGAGCCGCCAAGGAGUUCUGGAGCCCACAGCAGAGCUUACUGUCCAUUCCUGGCGUCUCAAUCCCCUGUGCCCUGAGCCAGGAGACAUGCCGCACCCCUGUUCAGUGAACACCCACCGGGUGAACUGGGCUCAGGCCCGCUGUGGGGUGAUAUUGAAGCCUAUCUUUGCUUCAUGCCACACGGAGGUGCCCCCGCAACAGCACUAUGAGUGGUGUGUGUACGACGCCUGUGGCUGCGACACCGGGGGCGACUGUGAGUGCCUCUGCUCAGCCAUUGCUGCAUAUGCGCAUGAGUGUGCCCGGCACCGACACCAUGUGCGUUGGCGCAGCCAGGAACUCUGCCCCCUACAGUGUGAAGGUGGUCAGGUAUAUGAAGCCUGUGGCUCUACCUGUCCCCCCACUUGCCAUGACCAUCAUCCCGAGACCAGAUGGCACUGCCAGGCCAUCAGUUGUGUGGAGGGCUGCUUCUGCCCCGAGGGAACACUGCAGCAUGGAGGAGCCUGUGUGGAGCCGGCUGCCUGUCCCUGUGAGUGGGGUGGCAGUUUCUUCCCACCAGGGACUGUGCUGCAAAAGGACUGUAAAAACUGCACGUGUCAGGAAAGUCAGUGGCAUUGUGGAGGUGAUGGUGCCCCCUGUGCGGAGAUGGAACCUGGCUGUGCAGAAGGAGAGGCUCCGUGCAGAGACAGUGGGCACUGUGUGCCAACUGAGUGGCUUUGUGAUAACCAGGAUGACUGUGGUGAUGGCUCAGACGAGGAGGGCUGUGCCACUUCAAGCUGUGGGGAGGGACAGAUGUCUUGCCAAUCUGGCCACUGCCUGCCCCUGGCCCUGCUCUGUGAUGGACGGGAUGACUGUGGAGAUGGUACAGAUGAGCAGGGCUGCCCGUGUCCCCUUGGCUCUCUAACCUGUGCUGAUGGUCGCUGCUUGCCACCCGCCCUGCUGUGUAAUGGUCAUCCUGACUGUCUGGAUGCUGCAGAUGAAGAGUCCUGUCUGGGGCAGGUGAGCUGCACAUCUGGAGAGGUAUCUUGUGAUGAUGGUACUUGCAUCAGGACCAUGCAGCUGUGUGAUGGAGUUUGGGACUGCCCAGAUGGAGUUGAUGAGGGACCUGGUCACUGCUCCCUGCCUUCUCUGCCUACACCCCCUGGUGGCACUUGGCAGAGCCCUUUCACCAGCUCUAUGAAUACAGCACCAAGUCCUAUGGGUAGUGCCAGCCCUGUGUCUGCCUGCGGCCUCUUUGAGUUUCGGUGCGGCAGUGGAGAAUGCACUCCUCAGGGCUGGCGCUGUGACCAGGAGGAAGACUGCACAGAUGGGAGUGAUGAGCGUGGCUGUGGUGGGCCCUGCAUGCUGUACCAGGUGCGCUGCGCCCACAGCCCACACUGUGUGUCUCCAGGACAGCUAUGUGAUGGUGUGCCACAGUGCCCCGAUGGUUCAGACGAGGACCCUGAAGCCUGCGAGAGGCUAUCGGUCCCAGGAGGCACCAACAGGACAGGGAUUCCCUGCUCGGAAUUCUCCUGCCCGAAUGGCACCUGCAUUGAUUUCCGGCUGGUUUGUGACGGGAACCCAGACUGUGAGUUGUCAAAUGAAGCAGAGGCCUCCUUGGAUGAGCAGGAUUGUGGGGUCUGGGGCUCCUGGGGCCCAUGGGAGCCAUGCAGUCAGACCUGCGGGCCUGGAAUACAGGGUCGGAGUCGGCGCUGCUCCCCCUCCCGUCUCCCAGUGCUGCAGAACUGCCCAGGCCCGCAGCACCAGUCACAGGCCUGCUUCACUGAGGCCUGCCCAGUGAAUGGUGAAUGGAGUUCUUGGUCUCCUUGGUCUCAGUGUUCCGGACCCUGUGGGGGCACCAUGACACGCCAUCGGCAGUGCCGUCCGCCCCAGAACGGGGGCCAGGACUGUGCCCUGCUGCCUGGAAGCCCUCAUAGUACCCACCAGGCCAAUCCCUGUCCCCAGGAGGGCUGCCCCAAUGCCACUUGCUUCCGGGAGUUGGUAUUCCAGCCCUGUGCCCCCUGCCCUCUGACGUGUGAUGAUAUUUCCGGUCAGACCAUGUGCUUGCCUGACAGGCCCUGCAGCAGCCCAGGUUGCUGGUGCCCCAAAGGGCAGGUUCUGGGCACUGAGGGGCAGUGUGUGAGACCCAUGCAGUGCCCCUGCCUGGUGAAUGGUACCCGUUACUGGCCUGGGCAACGCAUCAAAAUGGAUUGCCAGAUAUGCUCCUGUCAGGAUGGGCGACCACAUCGCUGCCGGCCCAAUCCAGAAUGUUCUGUGGAUUGUGGCUGGUCCUCCUGGUCCCCCUGGGCAGAAUGUCUGGGGCCCUGCAGCAGCCAGAGCCUCCAGUGGUCUUUCCGGAGCCCCAACAACCCGCGCCUCUCUGGUCGGGGUCGACGGUGCCGCGGCAUCCACCGCAAGGCCCGCAGGUGCCAGACAGAGCCCUGUGAGGGCUGUGAGCAGUGGGGCCUCGUGCACCAUAUUGGGGAACGCUGGCGUGGAGGCCCCUGCACGGUGUGCAAGUGUCUGCACAGGGGUGUCAUACGCUGCUCCCCCUAUUGCCCACUUGGCAGCUGCCCCCAGGGCUGGGUCCUGGUGGAGGGAAUGGGAGAAUCGUGUUGUCACUGUGCACUGCCUGGAAAGAACCAGACAGUGGUCCCCAUGACCACUGCUACCCCUGCCCCCAGUUCUCAGAUCGGAGCCCCCCUGGUCACCUAUGUUCUGCCUCCUCUGGGGGAUGCCUGCUACUCUCCCCUGGGCCUGGCCCAACUGCCCAUGUGGGCAUCAUCCCAGCAUGUGGAGCACUCCACCUGGGCUGCCAUGGGCACUCCCACCCUAGGGCCUGACCCUAGAGAGGAUGUUGAUGCUGAGUGGCAUGCCCAGCCUCUCUACCUGCAGCUGGACCUGCUGCAGCCUCGGAACCUAACUGGCAUCAUGCUGCAGGGGGUUGACUCUUCUGCCGCUUAUGUCAGCAGCUUGUCCCUCCAGUUCAGCAGUGAUGGCCUACAGUGGCACGACCAUCUCAACUCCCUGCCUAAUCCCGUGCCUCCACCCACGCAUUCAUCCAGGAGCCCGAGCCAUAUGGCCCCUGAGGUGUGGACAUUCGACCAGAUGGUACAGGCGAGGUACAUCAGGGUGAGGCCCCAUGAUGGCCACCAUAGCGACCACAACCAGCGCGAUGUCUUCUUGUGGGUGGAGCUGCUGGGCUGUAAGCCAGGGUCCCCACUGGCACCCCCGUGUCCAGGGACCAUGCACCGCUGUGCUAGUGGUGAAUGUGUCCCAAAGGGGGGGUCAUGUGACAGUGCUGUGGACUGCAAAGAUGGCUCUGAUGAGGAGGGCUGUGGGCCCCUUCACGCAGGCACCAGCAGCAGAGUCCAUUCCACAGCCAGGACCCCAGGCCUCUCCUCCACUCAGCCUGGAAAGUUUCCAUCGCAGACUGGAGAGGGUCUGGCAGACACGGAGAACCAGCAGUCCACACAGGAAUCAUCCAUGCCUACUGGAGGGCAAUCUGUGCAGAUGGUCACCACCUUCUCCGCACUCCCUUCUGGCACCAAGAGCCUGCACCCAGAAAUGGCAGCUGUGACGGUGCUUCCCCCACAGUCCACAGUCACUCCAGCAGCUCCUGUUGGCCAAAGUGUCACCCCCAGGCCCUUCCCACCCAUGCGGUGUGGCCCUGGGAAGGUGCCCUGUGAUGUGCUGGGCUGUGUGGAGCAGAAGCAGCUGUGCGAUGGAAGGGAGGACUGUCUCGAUGGCUCCGAUGAGCAGCGCUGUGCAAGUGCUGGUCCCUUCACCGUGCCUACCACUGCCCUCCCUGGGUUGCCAGCCUCAAAGGUCCUCUGCUCCCCAAGUCAGCUGAGCUGCGGCAGUGGGGAAUGCCUGCCUCGGGAGCAGCGCUGUGACCUUCAGCUGAACUGCCAGGAUGGCUCUGAUGAAGACAACUGUGUGGACUGUGUGUUGGCACCAUGGUCUGGCUGGAGUGAUUGCAGCCACAGCUGUGGCCUGGGCCUCAUCUUCCAGCGCCGGGAGCUGCUGAGACCUCCCCUAUCUGGAGGCAGCUGUCUGUUGGACCAGCUCCGUAGCCAGCCCUGCUUUGUGCAAGCCUGCCCAGUGGCUGGGGCAUGGACAGAGUGGGGAGCCUGGGAGUCCUGUAGUGUCUCCUGUGGAGGUGGCCACCAGAGUCGCCAGAGGAGCUGUGUAGACCCCCCACCCAAGAAUGGUGGUGCCCCCUGCCCUGGGCCUUCCCAUGAGAGGGCACCCUGCAACUUGCAGCUCUGCCCAGGUGACACAGACUGUGAGCCAGGCCGUGUACACGUGAAUGCUGAGCUGUGCCAGAAGGGGCUCAUACCCCCAUGUCCACCCACCUGCCUGGACCCCAAAGCCAACAGAAGCUGCAGUGGGCACUGUAUGGAAGGAUGCCGCUGUCCUCCUGGGCUUUUUCUCCAAGACUCUCGCUGCCUGCCCCUCUCUGAAUGCCCCUGCCUGGUGGGCCAAAACCUGAGACAGCCUGGGUUGUCCUUCCUGCUGGACAACUGUAGCAAAUGCACGUGUGAGGAAGGGGUGCUGCUGUGUAAGCCAGGGAACUGCUCCCAGUCCUGCGGCUGGUCGGCCUGGUCCCCCUGGACACCUUGUGAUCACUCCUGUGGCUCUGGAGUGAGGGCCAGGUUCAGGUCCCCCUCCAACCCUCCUGUGGCAUUUGGAGGUGCCCCAUGUGAAGGUGACAGGCAGGAGCUGCAGGCCUGCUACACAGAGUGUGGGGCAGAGAUACCUGGUUGGACAUCCUGGACGUCCUGGUCCUCCUGCUCCCAAAGCUGCCUUGUCCCUGGGAGUGACCCUGGUUGGCGGCAGCGUUCUCGACUGUGCCCCAGCUCCAGGGAUGCGUUCUGCCCGGGAGAGACCACUCAGGAGGAGCUCUGCAGCUCCCCUGCAUGCCCAGUGCCAAGUGCCUGGGGUUUGUGGGCCCCCUGGUCCACUUGCUCAGCCUCCUGUAAUGGUGGUGUCCAGACUCGUGGGCGCAGCUGCUCUAGCUUGGCUCCUGGGAAUCCUGUGUGCCCAGGACCCCACACUCAGACCAGAGACUGCAAUACACAUCUCUGCACAGCCCAGUGCCCAGGAAACAUGGUGUUCCGCUCAGUGGAACAGUGUCACAAGGAGGGGGGCCCAUGCCCUCAGCUAUGCCUGGCACAGGACCCUGGAGUGGAGUGCACUGGCUCCUGUGCCCCUAGCUGCAACUGCCCCCCUGGCCUCUUUCUGCACAAUGCUAGCUGCUUGCCCCGAAGCCACUGCCCCUGCCAGCUGCACGGGCAGCUCUAUGCACCAGGAGCAAUAGCUCGCCUGGACUGCAACAACUGCACCUGCGUCUCUGGUGAAAUGGUGUGCACCUCAGAGCUCUGUCCAGUUGCCUGUGGCUGGAGCCCCUGGACUCCGUGGACUCUCUGCAGCCAAAGCUGUAAUGUGGGAGUUCGACGGCGCUUCAGAACAGGCACCGCACCUCCAGCUGCCUUUGGGGGUGCCGAGUGCCAAGGUCCCAACAUAGAUGCUGAAUUCUGCAGUUUGAGGCCGUGCCGAGGUCCCGGUGCCGAGUGGAGUGCCUGGACUCCGUGCUCGGUGCCCUGUGGUGGUGGUUACAGGAACCGCACUCAAGGCAGUGGCCCACACAGUCCCGUUGAGUUCUCUACCUGCAGCCCGCAGCCCUGUGCAGAAACAGUGCCAGGUGUGUGCCCCAAGGGACAGCAAUGGCUAGACUGUGCCCAAGGCCCAGCCUCCUGUGCCCACCUCAGCACCCCUAGAGAGACCAAUCAGGCUUGCCAGCCCGGCUGCUACUGCCUUCCUGGAAUGCUCCUUCUAAAUAAUGUGUGUGUGCCUGUCCAGGACUGCCCCUGUACCCACAGGGGGCGCCUUCAUCCCCCAGGCAGUACAGUGGUUCAUCCCUGUGAGAACUGCUCCUGUAUCUCCGGGCACAUUACCAACUGCAGCUCCUGGCCUUGUGAGGAAGGCCAGCCUGCAUGGUCACCCUGGACCCCAUGGAGUAUGUGUUCAGCCUCCUGCAGUCCUGCCCGACGCCACAGGCACCGCUUCUGUAUCAAGCCCCCUAGUAUGGCACUCUUCACCCUGGCUCUCCUGCCCACAGUGGCUCCCACAGCCCUCUGCCCAGGCUCUGAGGCUGAGGAAGAGCCAUGCAUCCUGCCAGGAUGUGACCAAGCAGGCAGCUGGAGUCCUUGGGGACCCUGGUCUGGCUGUAGUCGGAGCUGUGGAGGAGGCCUGCGGAGCCGGACCCGAGCCUGUGACCAGCCACCACCCCAGGGCCUAGGGGAUUUCUGUGAAGGACCUCAGGCCCAGGGGGAGGCCUGCCAGGCUCAUCCAUGUCCAGAGACCAACUGCAGCACCAUUGAAGGGGCAGAGUACAGCCCCUGUGGCCCUCCCUGUCCCCGCUCCUGUGAUGACCUUGUGCACUGUGUGUGGCACUGCCAGCCAGGCUGUUACUGUCCUCUGGGCAAGGUACUCAGUGCGGACGGGACCAUCUGCGUGCAACCCAGUCACUGCAGCUGCCUGGACCUGCUGGCAGGGACACGCCACCAUCCAGGCACUCGGCUGGCAAGGCCUGAUGGCUGUAACCACUGCACCUGCAUGGAGGGGAGGCUUAACUGCACAGACCUGCCCUGCCAAGUGCCUGGAGGCUGGUGCCCAUGGUCGGAGUGGACAGCUUGCUCUCAGCCCUGCAGGGGCCAAACAAGGACCCGCUCUAGGGCCUGCAUCUGCCCUGCUCCCCAGCAUGGGGGUGCUCCAUGCCCUGAGGAGGCAGGGGAGAUGGGAAUGCAGCAUCAAAGGGAGGCCUGCCCUAAUCCUACUGCAUGCCCAGCGGAUGGAGCUUGGAGCCCUUGGGGGCCAUGGUCUCCCUGUGACAAAUGCCUGGGGCGGUCGCUUCGAAGCCGGGUGUGCAGCCAUCCUCCCACCUCUGACGGAGGCAGGCCUUGUCCUGGGGGCCACCAGCAGAGUCGCCCUUGUCGAGACAAUUCCACCCUGUGCACAGACUGUGGAGGAGGCCAGGAGCUCUUACCCUGUGGGCAGCCCUGUCCUCACUCCUGCCAGGACCUGUCCCUUGGCAGUACGUGCCUGCCAGGCUCAGCAGGCUGCCAGUCUGGCUGCGGGUGUCCCCCGGGUCAACUCUCCCAGGACGGGCUGUGUGUGCUCCCCGUUGACUGUCACUGCCACUUUCAGCCUAGGGCCAUGGGGAUCCCAGAGAACCAGAGCCGGUCAGUAGGGUCCACGCUCAGCUCCUGGGAGAGCCUGGAACCUGGAGAGGUGGUAACUGGACCCUGUGACAAUUGCACCUGUGUGGCAGGCAUCCUGCAAUGCCACGAGGUGCCCAGCUGCCCUGGUCCUGGGAUGUGGAGCUCCUGGGGACCCUGGGAGAAAUGCAGUGUCUCCUGUGGGGGAGGGGAGCAGCUCCGCUCUAGGCACUGCGCCCGACCCCCGUGUCCUGGGCUGGCUCGACAGAGCCGGACUUGUCACAACCAGGUUUGCAGAGAGACAGGCUGCCCAGUGGGCCGACUCUACCGUGAAUGCCAGCCCAGCGAGGGGUGCCCCUUCUCUUGUGCUCACCUUAUGGGCCAGGUGGCCUGCUUCUCUGAGAACUGUGAGGAAGGGUGCCACUGUCCUGAGGGCACCUUUCAGCAUCGCUUGGCCUGUGUCCAGGAAUGCCCCUGUGUGCUCACAGCCUUGCUGCUGCAGGAACUGGGAGUGGCCAGUACUGCCCCUGGGACCUACCCAGCCCUCCUGGGAGGUGAGAGCCAGCCCCUUGCACCUGGAGAUGAGCUAUACCCAGGCCAGAUGCUUCAAACAGUCUGUGGAAAUUGCUCCUGUGUCCAUGGGAAGCUGUCUUGCUCAAUGGAAGAAUGCUCCAGGGUCAAUGACAGCUUUGGUCCCUGGAGCAUGUGGAGCCCGUGCUCUCGUCCCUGUGGCGGGCUGGGGACCCGCACCCGAACCCGCCAAUGUGUGCCUCCCACACUUGUUCCUGGCAGACUGAGUUGCCAUGGGCCCCUUCAGGAUCUAGAGUACUGCUUCAGCCCGGAAUGCCCCGGGACUGCAGGGGCCACAUUGGAGCCAGUGACAGGCCUUGCAGGCGGUUGGGGCCCAUGGUCACCAUGGUCUCCCUGUUCCCACAGCUGCACAGACCCUGCUCACCCUACUUGGCGCAGCCGCACACGCCUCUGCUUGGGCAACUGUACUGUGGGGAACUCCUUACAGGAACGUCCCUGCAACCUACCCUCGUGUACAGCUCUGCCCCUGUGCCCUGGCCCUGGGUGUGGGUCAGAGAACUGCUCCUGGACAUCUUGGGCCCGAUGGGAGCCUUGCUCCCGCAGCUGUGGGGUGGGCCAGCAGCGCCGCCUACGAGCCUAUCAUCCCCCUGGGCCUGGUGGAUACUGGUGCCCUGACAUCCUGACUGCAUACCAGGAGCACCGCUUCUGCAACCUGCGUGCCUGUCCAGUGCCUGGGGGCUGGUCCCGCUGGAGCCCCUGGUCCUGGUGUGACCGCAGCUGUGGAGGGGGCCGAUCCCGGAGAAGCAGGAGCUGCUCAAGCCCACCACCCAAGAAUGGGGGAGCAUCCUGUGUUGGGGAGAGGCACCAUGUCCGGUCCUGCAAUUCCAUGCCUUGUGAGGAAGGCUGUCCGGCAGGGAUGGAGAUAGUGAACUGUGCCAACCGCUGCCCCAACAGCUGCUCAGACCUGCAGGAGGGAGUCACGUGUAAGGAAAACCAGGCCUGCCAGCCGGGCUGUCGCUGCCCUGAAGGGUUUCUCGAGCAGGAUGGUGGCUGUGUGCCAGUUGGGCACUGUGAAUGCACGGAUGCCCAGGGCCACAGCUGGGCCCCAGGGAGCCAACAUCAGGAUGCCUGCAACAACUGCUCCUGUCAGGCUGGGCAACUCUCCUGCACUGCUCAGCCCUGUCCACCUCCUGCACACUGUGCCUGGAGCCACUGGUCUUCCUGGAGUUCCUGCAGCCACUCAUGUGGACCUCGAGGGCAGCAGAGUCGCUUCAGGUCCUCCACGUCAGGCUCAUGGGCCCUGGAGUGUCAAAAGGAGCAGUCCCAGAGCCAGUCUUGCCCUGAGGCCCCCUGCCCUCCCCUGUGCCUACAUGAAGCCCACCCUCGUGCUCUGGGGGACAGCUGGCUACAGGGAGAGUGCCAGCAGUGUUCCUGCACCCCAGAGGGAGUGAUCUGCAGAGACACUGACUGUGCAGUGCCUGGGGGCUGGACAUCAUGGUCCUCCUGGUCCCUCUGCUCUGUCUCCUGUGGAGGUGGAAGCCAGGUCCGUACUCGAUCCUGCGUAGUGUCAGCUCCUCAGCUUGGGAGCCUGCCUUGCCAAGGCCCAGAUACCCAGACCCAGCAUUGUGGGCAGCAGCUGUGUCUACAGCUCCUAGAGACCUGCUCCUGGGGACCGUGGGGACCCUGUUCCCGUAGCUGCGGCACAGGCCUGGCCUCCCGCUCUGGGUUCUGUCCCUGCUUACUGACCAAAGAGGACUCCAUGUGUAAUGACACAUUCUCACACCUGGACACUCAGGCCUGCUACCCAGGGCCCUGCCAGGAGGACUGCAUAUGGAGUGACUGGAGCAGCUGGACACGCUGCUCCUGUAAGGUCCCGGUGCAGCAGCGUUACCGACACCAGGGGCCAGCACCUGGCCGGACUGUUGGGGGUGCCCCCUGCACACGUCUGGAUGGCCACUUCCGGCCAUGCACCAUUGGCAACUGCUCAGAGGACAGCUGCCCACCUCCCUUUGAGUUCCAGCCUUGUGGCUCCCCCUGUGCAGGGCUCUGUGCCACACAUCUGAGCCAUCAGCUUUGCCAGGACUUGCCGCCUUGCCAGCCUGGCUGCUACUGUCCCAAGGGUCUGCUGGAGCAGGCUGGGGGCUGCAUUCUCCCAGAGCAGUGUAACUGCUGGCAUAUUUCAGAAGAGGGAGCUAGGGUGACCCUGGCUCCUGGGGCCCACCUGCAGUUAGGCUGUAAGGAAUGUGAAUGCCAGAGUGGAGAGCUGCAGUGCUCCAGCCAAGGGUGUGAAGGUCUCCUGCCUCUGACUGGAUGGUCGGAGUGGUCACCUUGUGGGCCCUGCCUGCCCCAGAGUGCCUUGGCCCCUGCCUCCAGGACUGCCCUGGAGGGGCACUGGCAUCUGAACACAUCAGGCCUACCUCCAACCCCAGUCACUCUGCUGGCUUCAGAGCAAUACCGGCACCGCCUCUGCUUGGACCCUGAGACCGGGAGGCCCUGGGCAGGAGACCCUGCACUUUGCACUGUACCCCUCAGCCAGCAACGCCUCUGCCCUGACCCUGGAGCCUGUAAUGACACUUGCCAAUGGGGUCCUUGGGGACCUUGGAGCCCCUGCCAAGUGCCCUGCAGUGGAGGAGUCAAACUGCGCUGGAGAGAGGCAAGAGAUAGCUCUGGAGGAGACUGCCGUGGGCCAUGGGCUCAAACGGAAAGCUGCAAUAUAGGAUCUUGCUCAGGGGAGAGCUGUGAGACCCGGGACACCGUGUUUACCCUUGGCUGUGCCAACCAGUGCCCUCGCAGUUGUGCCGACCUCUGGGAUGGAGUCCAGUGUCUACAGGGACCCUGCAGCCCAGGCUGCCGAUGUCCCCCUGGUCAGUUGGUGCAGGAUGGACACUGUGUGCCCAUCUCGUCUUGCCGCUGUGGCCUGCCCAGUGCCAACGGCUCAUGGGAGCUGGCCCCCAUGCAGGUGGUCCAGCUGGACUGCCGUAACUGCACAUGUAUGAAUGGAUCACUGGUGUGUCCAUACCUCAAGUGUCCAGUCCUAGGACCUUGGUCAGCCUGGAGUGAGUGUUCAGCUGCCUGUGGUGGGGGCACCAUGGUACGCCACAGGAGCUGUGAGAAGCGUCCUGAGGGUGCACCAUGCCAGACCCUGGACAUGCAGCAAUGGCAAGAGUGUAACCUGCCAGCCUGCCCUGAGUGUCCGCCGGGCCAGGUGCUCAGUACCUGUGCCACUUGCCCGAGCCUCUGCUCCCACCUGCAGCCUGGAACCAUCUGUGUGCGGGAACCCUGCCAGCUUGGCUGUAGUUGUCCUGUGGGGCAGCUGCUACACAAUGGCACGUGCAUCACCCCUGCUGCCUGCCCCUGCUCUCAGCUCUCCCUGCCCUGGGGCCUCACCCUACCCUUGGAAGAGCAGGCCUGGGAGCUGCCCCCAGGGACUGUGCUCACCAGGAACUGCACACACUGCACCUGUCAAGGCGGAGCCUUCAUCUGCUCCCUCAUCGACUGUCAGGGCUGCCCUCCUGGGGAAAUAUGGCAGCACGUGGCCCCAGGGGAGCUGGGCCCUUGCGAAAAGACAUGCCCAGAAAUGAACACAACACUGGCUGGGAGCAACUGCACCGAAGCACAGGCUCCAGGCUGUGUGUGUCAGCCGGGGCACUUCCGCAGCCAGACAGGUGUCUGCGUCCUCGAAGACCAUUGCGAAUGCUGGCACCAUGGGAGUCCCCACUUGCCUGGAUCUGAAUGGCAGGAGGCCUGUGAGAGCUGCCACUGCCUCCGUGGGAAAAGCAUCUGCACUCGACACUGUCCAGGCCUCACCUGUGCUCAGGGUGAAGUGAUGGUACAGAAGCCAGGGAGCUGUUGUCCCAUCUGUCAACAGCACACUCUGGGUGUGCAGGCUACCCCUUCACCUCUAGAGGAGGAACCAGCCUCCUGCCAGCUGCUCACAGAGCUCAGAAACCUCACCAAGGGUCCCUGUCACCUGGAUCAGGUAGAAGUGAGCUACUGUAGUGGACACUGCAGGUCCAGCACUAACGUCAUGACUGAGGAACCCUACCUGCAGAGCCAGUGCGACUGCUGUAGCUACCGUCUAGAUCCUGACAGCCCCGUGCGGAUCCUGAACCUUCACUGCCCCGACGGCCAUGCAGAGCCAGUGGUGUUGCCAAUGAUUCACAGCUGCCAGUGCAGUGCCUGCCAGGGUGGUGAUUUCUCCAAGCACUGACAGGCUCCACUGGACACAUCCACUGCCGUCUCUCUUGUGACCAUGGGGCUAUGUGCACUCCUCACCUCCUUCCGUGCCCACUUACCCGCCUCCGGCCUGUGGCAUUAGC